AUGCAUGAGCUCAAGAAAUUCUUCCUAUUAAUGAGGGUUCGAUUAUUUCUUCCAUGCCGCACGGGUUCGAUAGGACUCCUCGUCCGACUGAACCUCGUUCCACGCUAUUUGAACAUAUCUUUUAUUUAAAGCUGUGCAAUGGUUACUGUCGAUGUUUUCGUUCCUUUGCUAUUCACUCAUUCGGCAUUCUGUCCGCCCUGUAAUUCCCAAGCCUGUCUACAUCGAAUUCAUGCCGGAUUUUUCCGGUCUCGCGAAUAUGCUCCAAGUCGCCAUGUUUUGGGCAUGCGACCUAAAGUGUCGCAGGAAAUAGUCUCACUUGGGGACGCCACCAGAACGCAGUCGCGAACCUCCAUGCCCGAUAACAUGGUCAUUGUCGCAUGCCCAUUUCUUGAAGAAGACCUGGAUUCCGAGGGUUGGCUUGUGCUACAUAUUGCUGCAGUGUAGUAAUUCAAGGAGCUAGGUCACUACAGGAUGUGUGGAGUUAUUAUUGGGGUUGCUUACUGUGCCUAUGCACUGAAUGAGGACAAAUCGGGCAAUAUUUCUUGGCCGC